GAAAGCGUCCUGCUCUUUGACAGAAGCACUCCACCUGGGCCGUUCAUGCAGCAGUUACUCAAACGAGCGAAGCGGUCGACAUCAACAUCUUCUGCCGCCACCUCCAUCUCUACCGCCUCUUCAGACGCACUUCCCAGAGCAUUCGAUACUGGUGUGGGAAACAACUUUACGACUUCUUCUUGUCCUGCUUUCUUCAAGAACUUUCUUUCUACUGACGCUUUUAAUGAAUGUGUUCCAUUAUCUCUUCUUUUACAGACAUCUACUUCCUUCUUUUCCGUCCAACGUUCGCCAGUCAGACUGGCCCAGACACUUAGUGCGUCAUGCAGUGUCAACUUUGACAGCUGUAGCACUUUGAUGGCAUCGUUGGCUCGACAGAUUCAAUCGCCAGACAAUUGUGCCGCCGACCUACAGAGUCAAAAUCCCACAGUCAUGCAAGCCUAUACUGGCUUUGCAGCUUACCAGGCACUUUAUCAUGCUGGAUGUCUACUGAACAGCAAUACGGGCAGCUAUUGUAAGUUGACGAUCCCAAAAGUGUCUUUUCGAGCGUAUACUAAUGAAGAAUUGCAGGCNUUCUCAGACGCAGUCACGAAUGCGACUUCACCUACCGACAGUUAUGUCUAUUAUAUGGGUCUGGGCGUCUCUUUGCCCAGCACAACAGCACCCAGUUGCUCAAGCUGCUUACAAGACACCAUGUCUGUUUUCGCGAGUGCGGCAACAAAUCGCUCUCAACCGAUCUCCAAGGUCUAUGGCACUGCGGCAGCCAUGAUUGAUUCAACCUGUGGUGCGCUUUUCGUCAAUGCCAGUAUACCCGCUGUUCCCUCAACCGGAUCUGCUAGUGCACUCUUUGCCAGCUGUGGAUUAGAAGGACUGGGAGGCAUUGCUUUACUUCUAUCUCUUGUUACAGUGCUGAUUUAG